AUGGCUAGUUCAUUUGAAACUCAGGCAACACCCUCUGAAGCUCGCGAUGCUCAUUCAUAUUAUAAUAAUCCACAAGAACAUGGUUUACAACGACGAAAUGAAAGUAAAAUUUUAUAUAUGCGCAAUUUUAACAAUUGGAUCAAAAGCACAUUAAUUAAUGAAUAUUUACAAUUAAUUAGAAAUGAAGAUUCUGAACGAAAGGAUCGAAUUCAUGUGUUUGACAUGGGCUGUGGCAAAGGUGGAGAUCAACUAAAAUGGGAUAUUGGACAUGUAAAUCGUGUUACUUUUUCUGAUCUUGCUGAAAAAUCAGUUGAUGUAUGUAAGCAACGUUAUCAUACAAGAAAAUCGUGUUAUUCAGCAGAAUUCUUCCCACUCAAUUGUACUACAGAGUUGCUUCGAGAUAAAUUUGAAGAAAAGAAACCUUGCUUCGAUCUUGUUAGUACUCAAUUUGUUCUUCAUUAUGCAUUUGAUAAACUCGAAUCAGCUAAUCAAUUUUUACGUAAUGCUGCUGAGUUUUUACGUAUAGGUGGUUAUUUCAUUGGUACAACGGUGAAUUCCUGUCAUGAGCGUUGUCGUCAAACACCCAAUCAAAGUAUUUCAAAUGAUGUGUUCAGUAUUAAUUUCGAUCCUUCGAUUAAUCUCAAAACAACAGACAACGAAUCAAUUCCAUUAUUUGGAGCUAAAUAUCAUUUUAGUCUUGAUGAAGUUGUUGAUUGUCCUGAAUAUCUUGUUUACUUUCCUUUACUCGAAAAAUUGGCAGAAAAACAUGGUUUAGAAAGAGUUGAUCGUCAAACAUUCAAAGAUUAUUUUGAUAAACAUAGUGCAAAUGGAGAUGGUCGUUCUCUAUUAAGGACAAUGAAGGCUUUAGAGCGCUAUGGACUCACAUCGAGCAAUUCAGAAGAGCAAUCAAACAAUGAUUCUCAAUAUGCACAUGCAAAAAGAUACAUUGACAAUGCUAAUAUGGAACACCAAGCAGAUUCUAUAAAAUAUUGUCGAACCCUAUCUCAACAAGAAUGGGAUAUGACAAGACUUUAUAUUAUGUUUGCUUUCAAAAAAGUACGUCAUGUUAAUUAUGAUGAAGAUACAAUUACUAAUGCAUGA